CAUUGAAAAAGGAAGUCUGUGUAUGCAGCGGAAAAACAAGGGAUAAAUGUCAUCGCGGUAUUCAGAACGAAAUGGACUAUCGGAGACGGAGAAGAUGACUCUUCCCAAAGUACGCAAGAGGAAGGCACAACUUGUCGAUGAAAUUGAGGCGCUAAAAAAUGAGGUACGAGAAGUUGACGAAGAACUCGAUCAAGUAUAUUACACCCAUCCAAAAUCAAAAGAAUAUCACAAAAUAGUGGUGAAUGGCCGAAAAAAGUUCAAUCAAGACCCAUGGAAAGCGUUGGAUUGGUUGGCAUCAAGAAAUGUAGUUGCAAAGGAUCCUCAAGCAUUGGCGCUCUGGAUGAAAGCUGGCGAAGGACUUUCUAAAAGUGCGAUCGGCGAAAUACUGGGUGAUAACCGUCCAUUUGCGUUGGAAACCCUUGACAGAUUCACAAAAGAACAUAAAUUGCAUGAUGUUCCGAUUGUUCCAGCUCUUCGUCAAUAUCUAUUUUCCUUCCGGCUACCUGGCGAAUCGCAGAAAAUUAAUCGAAUUUUGGAGAAAUUUGCAGAAGUUUACGCGAAUCAAAAUCCAUCAUAUGGAAAUGCAGAUCAAGCACAUACAGUAGCAUAUUCAUGUAUUAUGGUUAAUACAUUAUUACAUAAUCCAAACGUUAAAGAUAAACCAUCACUGGAAAAAUAUAUUGAAAUGAAUGAGCAACUUCUCGAAAAAGGUGCAAUUACAAUCGAACAGCUCACAGAAGUAUAUGAAUCAGUUAGUGUUACACAAUUCAAGAUCCCAGAUGAAGUAUCGACAAGUGGAAAAGGAACUGUGAACGAUAUUCUAUUACAUGCUGAACGAGAAGGAUGGCUUUUCAAGCAGAGUAGUAAUCCAUUAUUUUCUGGUGCUCUUUCGUGGAAAAAACGAUGGUUUGUUCUUUCUGAGAAUUGUCUCUACUACUUUGACCAAAUGACUGAUAAGGAACCAAAGGGAAUCAUCACAUUGGCAAAUGUUGGAAUACGGAAGGUCGAGGCACCCUCCAGGCCAUUCAUGUUUGAGAUAUUCUCUCUAUCGGAUGGACAAAUCAAAGCAUGCAAAACAGAACAAGAUGGGCGGCUUGUCGAAGGACGUCAUUCGAUUUACAAAAUAUGUGCAGUAAAUGAUGAAGAUAUGAGAUCAUGGAUCAACGCAAUAUCACGAAUGAUGGCACCGCAGCAACAUUUAUUAGCCAGACCAAAAAGUACCCACUGAAACAUUUUGAACAAUAUGAUUGCAAAUAUGAACAUUUCUGUAAUUUUGUAUUCUGAAAUUGAGACCGGGAACAAUCAAAUAUUUUAUAUAUUGUUUCUAUUCUCGUAUUCAGUAUCUUAAUUUAACUUCUCCAUUCAAAAAAUACUUCUAUAAUCUGUUAUCCUCCACCAAAACGAGUCAUUUUAGGCCUUUCGCACUUAUUUCCUUUUUUUUCAUACAAAAAAACUCACUUAUGUGUACUUUUUCCAUAAUAACCGUAUUCUCAAUUUUUCGAAAUAAUUUCGCCUGAAUUAAUUAUGUAAUCAUUUAAUAAUCAGCUUUUUCUCUCUUCAUUCUUGUUUUUUCUGUUUUUUUUUAAAGAUUCUACAGAAAAAGCGUCCAUUUUUCCUU